AUGGGCCGUACAUCCAGCAGAGAUAGGCUUUGCCCAGAAUGUGUCAGGCUGAACGAACGCCUAGCAAAAGGACUACCUACUCGGCAUUGCAGGCAUCAUGGCUGUCCGGCGCCCCUAUCGAGCGGCGGACUAUGUGGAAGGAAGAAAAAGCGGGAGGACUAUGGAUGCUUGGAUCAUCCUGCCCCUCCGCCGCCACCACUACCUCGAACCUGCAAUUUUGAGAGAUGCCAUCGAGUUCUGUCGAAUAAACUCUCGUACUGUGACUUUCACAAAUGCACAGUGUCCGGCUGCAAGAACUCCUCCGAUGUAGUGAAUGGGGUUGACUUCUGCCUUGAUCACAGAUGCUCUGUACCCGAAUGCCAGUUUUUGCGAAAGAGAAAUCAGGCGGAUGAUCUCCUCGUUCUGGCUUUCUUCUGUCGCCCUCACGAGUGUGCCACCGAUGGCUGUCAAGCACAAAAGGUCUCUAAAAAGAACCAUUGCGAAGCUCAUUCCUGCACAGUUACCGACUGUCCCUCUGCCCGCAAUUCAGACCUAGGGACUUGCUGCCUCGUGCAUUUCCGCGAACAGGUCGGAACUGAAGCCGCUGCUCGACGCGAAGCCGAGAUCAAAGCCGACCUCCACGCAAAGGCGCAAGCUGAAGCCGUUAACCGGGCCGAAGCAAUCAAACAGGCCGAAGCCAUUAGGCGGGCGCAAGAGUAUCAAGAUUCUGUUAAUUUCGCCCGCAAGCUGGAGAAAGAGCAGCGGGAGCGCGAAGCAGAAGAGAAGAUCUUGAGAAGCCACAAAGCGAAAAUGGAGGAAGAUGAGGACCGCAAGUUGAAAGACGAGAUGAAACAGAGAGAGGAACGGGAGGAUGCUGAGCGAGAGAGAAAGAGGAGUGGGAUGGAGGAGAGGAAGAAAUACCAUUCCCAACGCCAGUGGCAGAAGUCCCCCCGAAGCAGCGGCUCCCAUUUCUAUGACGAGCCGACCCCCGACAACCACACUCAGUACCCUCCCAGUCCUAGCUCUCCCCGAAACAGCGAACCUUUCGUCUACGAAAAUCCACAUCGCACGAGAACGAGACGAACAGCCGAAAGUCACGAGAAUGAGAGGAGCACUGGUAGAGGAGAACACAGACGCUCUGAACGUGACAGCAAGACGAGCGGCGAUAGUCAUGUGCAUGUUCAUCAGGAUGAAGAUGACGAUGAUGAGGCAUACCACUCUGCAACCAAUUCCUACGAUCCUGAUGAGCGCGAAUACCUGCGCCCAGCAACGACUUCAUCGAAGCAGAGGGUAAGGGGAUUCUCAACCGCGAGCUUGAUUGGUGCCGGGCCUGGGUCCAGGUACAAAGAUGACGGAGGAUAUUGUCGGGACGACGGAAGGAAAUCUGGACCAAAGAGCGACGAUGGAAGAUAUCGAUAUGACGACGAACGAGAGCGUAAGCACGAUCAUGAGAAGGUCACUGAGAUAAGAGAUGCGAAGGAUGGAAGAGGCUGGUGA